CUGGGAGAGCACAAAGUGCGGAGAGUCAGUAAGUGUGUGUGUGUGAGUGUGACUGUGAGAGAGAGAGAGAGAGAGAGAACGAACUGUUGAAGAAGGAAAGGCAGAGGAAGUGACCAGAGGAGAGCGGAGCGUCUGUCCACUUCACCAUAGGGGACUGGAAACGAGCAGGGGGUCUGUGGCAGAGAGCUCGCAGAGGAACGGAUCUGAUUUGCCUGAGGGAGCUGCUGCUGGGGUUGUGGGUAGUUUGAAGGGGUGUGGGGGCAGUUUUUAUGCCACAUCUGCCACACGUACGAGGCCGGGCCAGCAGGCAGAAUGGACAUUUUUUUGUGGGGCCAUUCGCUCGUGGAUUGAGAUGUCACAGCCGAGGCACAGGAAAUAGAAGUUCAGAGCAGCGCCUCUGAAAAGGACACUCUCUGUGUUACCUCUGGAAGGGGAAGGUAGCGUCAGUGCAGCCUGCUCCUAGUGCUCCCAUUUCUCACCCCCUCUCGCAGCGGCACCUGUUUGUGAUUGGCUCGAGACCAGCUCCUUGUCGUCAGCAUGUGCCACUCCUGGUUGGAUUACUCACGGCUCGGGGAUGUAGGCUGCUAGAGGCGCCUCUCGGGGAAGUGACCAUAUGCAGAGAUUUGAACUGUCCUGCGUGUCAUGUCCGUUAACUUUGACGUGAGGUUUGAAGUGUGAGUCAAGUGUUCUUGACCGUUUGUCAUGGAGUUUGAGCUGUGGGUCCAGCGUUGCUGACCGUUGCUUUGCUGCGGAGUUUGAGCUGUGUGUGCUGUGGCUGUGUCCCGUUCCUCUCUGGCAGCCAGAUGAAGCCUGGUGGAGGAACAUGCUUUGGAAGCCAAUGACUGCAGUUCUCUGCGUAUACCCUGUGACCCGUCCCGUCUAAUGGAUUCUUUCAGCCCACAGGGCUCACAAGGGCUGCUUUUUUUGGUCAUUACUUUGUGCAUUCCUGACGUAACAUUGCCCAGAACAAUUUAGACGAAACAUUUUUUUUUGUUUUUACUUAUUAAGUAAGACAAACACAAGGAAGUUGCUUCAGUUUUCUAUUAUCAAGACCUAAUAAUAAGUACUGUGGUCCAUGGUCCGUGUUGAUACACUACAAACGGUGAGUGGUAAUGUCUUGAAGCAGUCUCCUGUGCUUUUGGAAGGACGCGCCGCUGCUGCCGGUGCUCAUGGGAACUGCAGCUCCAACAUGAACCUUCAUGAUGUUGGGGGGAGACGACGCUUCGAGGACUCGGAGUUCACCCUGCGCAUCUACCCGGGCAACAUCGCCGAGGGCACCAUCUACUGCCCGGUCAGCGCUCGCAAGAACACCACCGCCGCCGACGUCAUCGAGCAGGUCAUCGACCGACUCCGCCUGGACCGCACCAAGCUCUACGUCUUGGCCGAGGUGAAGGAGUUCGGCGGCGAAGAAUGGAUCCUCAACCCCAGCGACUGCCCGGUGCAGCGCAUGAUGCUGUGGCCACGCAUGGCUCUGGAGAACCGCUUCGGCGGCGAGGACUACCGCUUCCUCCUGCGGGAGAAGAACCUGGACGGCUCCAUCCACUACGCCAGCCUGCAGAUGUGGCUCCGCGUGACCGAGGAGCGCCGGCGCAUGGUGGAGCGCGGCUUCCUGCCGCAGCCGCCGCCCAAGGAGUACGAGGACCUCUGCAGCCUGCCGGACCUCAACGAGAAGACGCUGCUGGACAACCUGCGCGCUCGGCGCUUCAAGCAGGAGAAGAUCUACACCUAUGUGGGCAGCAUCCUCAUCGUCAUCAACCCCUUCAAGUUCCUGCCCAUCUACAAUCCCAAAUACGUCAAGAUGUACGACAACCACCAGCUGGGCAAGCUGGAGCCGCACAUCUACGCCGUGGCCGACGUGGCCUACCACACCAUGCUGCAGCGGCGGCAGGACCAGUGCAUCGUCAUCAGCGGCGAGAGCGGCUCGGGCAAGACCCAGAGCACCAACUUCCUCAUCCACCACCUCACCGCCCUCAGUCAGAAGGGCUUCGCCAGUGGAGUGGAGCAGACCAUCCUCGGAGCUGGGCCGGUGUUAGAGGCGUUUGGAAAUGCCAAGACCGCUCACAACAACAACUCCAGCCGCUUUGGCAAAUUCAUCCAGGUGAACUACCAGGAGAGUGGCACUGUUCGAGGGGCUUAUGUAGAGAAAUAUCUGCUGGAGAAAUCAAGGCUGGUGUACCAGGAGCAUAACGAGAGGAACUACCAUGUGUUUUACUAUCUGCUGGCCGGAACGACUGACGAGGAGAAGAAAGAGUUCCAUCUCAAGAAGCCUGAAGAGUACCAUUACCUCAACCAGAUGACAAAGAAACCUCACCGACUGCACUGGGAUAAUUACUAUGAGAGUGAAGCGCAGGACUGCUUCACAGUGGAGGGGGAGGAUCUGAAGCAUGACUUUGAGCGCCUGCAGCUGGCGAUGGAAAUGGUGGGCUUCCUGCCCGCCACGCGCAAGCAGUGAGUCCCAGCACACC